AUGAAUCCGUUAGCAGGAAUUGAAGCCACUGUUGGCAAAGAUAUGCUACACAAGAUCCAAACAUCCAAGAUCUUGUUGGUUGGUGGCGGUGGCAUUGGUUGCGAAUUGCUCAAGGAUCUGAGUCUCAGUGGUUUUCGACAUGUCGAAGUCAUUGAUUUGGAUACCAUUGACAUAUCCAAUUUGAAUCGGCAAUUGCUUUUCCGAAGCCAGCACGUUGGGAUGCCCAAAUGUACCGUAGGGUGCCAAGUUGCUCAUGAUAUGGUGCCUGAAUUGGAAGGUGGGGAAAGUGAUAACCUGCCUGAGGUAAUCUACAAGGCCCAUCACGGCAAUGUUUGCGAUGCAUCCAAGUUUCACGUUCCAUUUAUCCAACAAUUCAACCUCGUACUCAAUGCCUUGGACAAUGUUGAAGCCCGGCGAAGAGUCAACCGGUUGUGCUUGGCAGCCGGUGUCCCACUGGUUGAGGCUGGAACAACUGGCUAUUUGGGACAAGUUACUGUCAUUCACAAACCAAGUCAAGUUGCUUGUUAUGAAUGCAAAACACAAGAAACCCAAAAGGUCUAUCCCAUUUGUACCAUUCGAUCGACCCCUAGUAUGCCGGUUCAUACAAUUGUAUGGGGUAAAGAACUCUAUAAGCUUCUAUUUCAUUCCAAGGAAGGAGAGAGUAUGCUCUACGAAGACUUAGAAGGAGAAGAACCAAGUACCUAUAUGGAGUCUGUGAUGAAACUACGAAAGCUUCUUUGGGACGAAGGUACCGACCCGAAAGCAAUCGCUGCAGCAGUGGAAGAAGUCCUCCAAGCCUUGUACGUGACAGAAAUUCAAAAACAGCUGGAUAUGGGCCGGUACAAGGCCGCUAAAAAGACACCCACACCACUCUCCAAUGACACUCUACAAAAAGGUUGCAGUAGCUCGGAGGACUGUGCUUCGGCUUCGACUACCAAUAUCUGGUCCACGGAGCACUGUGUGGCGCAGCUGGUGGAUUGCGUUUGCAUGGCUGCCAAAAUGCCACGCAACGAAGUCUUGGAGAGUUUCGACAAGGAUGAUGACAUGGCAAUGCGUUUUGUAACCGCUACUUCGAACUUGAGAAGUCACGUGUUUGGAAUUGAUCCUUUGCAGUCCCUGUAUAGUGCCAAAGGAAUUGCAGGAAAUAUCAUUCCUGCAAUCGCCACGACCAAUGCCAUUUGUGCGGGACUCCAAGUUUUACAAUGUUUCAAGAUUCUGAAGGAACAGAUUCUCAAGGGAGAUAACCGAGAUGGUCUGGAUCUCAAAGACAUUUGCAAGUACAUCAAUUGCAUUCGGAACAAUACACGAAAUGGCCUCUACAUUACAGCCAGCCAGUUGGAACCUCCGAAUCCCAAUUGCUUUGUCUGCAAGAACGCUAACAUUCCUUUGACUUUAGAUGUGAAUGAGUUUACCUUGGAACUAUUCUUGAAACUCAUCCUAAAGAAACGGUUGGGAUUCGAAGAGCCUACCAUCAUACUUGGUGGAGACUUUAUCUGGGAAGAAGGGGAUGGCGCAGACUCCGAAGAGUAUGAAUCGAAUUUGAAGAAGGUACUCUCCAAGCUGCCUUGCGGUGGCAUUCAACACGGAUCUGUCGUAGAAGUUGACGACGCUUCGCAAAACUUGACAAUUCAAGUAACUGUGACGCACCAAGAUGUCUGGGAAGGCGAUGAGGUAGAUGACAAUCCCUUCAUUGUAGGGGAUGCUCCACCCCACCGUCACGAGCCCCCAAGGAAAGAAACAGCAGAGCCUCCUCCUGCUGCUGCAGCAGCCAAGCCUGCUACGGAAGAGGACGGCGAUGAUGAUGACGAUGAUAUAAUAGUCAUGAUUGACGAAGACGAAGCAAAGGCCCAGACAGAGAAUGGGGAUAAGAAGCGCCCCGCUCUGGACGUAGAAGGAGAAGCACCAGCAAAGAGAGCAAAGACCAGUCAUGAUGACGAAAUCGAGGUCAUUGAAAUCGACUAA